AUGGUGAAGCUGGAUAUACACACAUUAGCUCAUCACCUUAAGCAAGAACGACUCUAUGUGAAUUCAGAGAAACAACUCAUCCAGAGGCUAAAUGCAGAUGUGCUUAAGACUGCUGAAAAAUUGUACCGCACAGCAUGGAUUGCCAAGCAGCAGAGAAUUAAUUUGGACAGGCUUAUCAUAACAAGUGCUGAAGCUUCCCCUGCUGAAUGUUGCCAACAUGCCAAGAUCCUGGAAGACACACAGUUUGUUGACGGAUAUAAGCAGCUGGGAUUUCAAGAGACUUAUUAUGGAGAGUUCUUAAAUAGGUUGAGAGAAAACCCUCGACUCAUUGCCUCCUCUUUGGUUGCUGGAGAAAGAUUGAACCAGGAUAACACUCAGAGUGUUAUCCAUACAGUUUUUACUUCUCUUUAUGGCAACUGUAUCAUGCAAGAAGAUGAGAGCUACCUCCUUCAGGUUUUGCGGUACCUGAUUGAAUUUGAACUCAAAGAAAGUGACAACCCUAGGCGUCUUUUGAGGAGAGGUACUUGCGCAUUCAGCAUUUUAUUCAAGCUUUUUUCUGAAGGACUUUUUUCUGCCAAACUCUUCCUCACAGCAACAUUACAUGAGCCAAUCAUGCAAUUGCUGGUUGAAGAUGAAGACCAUCUAGAAACAGAUCCAAACAAGUUGAUUGAGAGGUUCUCUCCAUCCCAGCAGGAAAAGCUUUUUGGAGAGAGAGGUUCAGAUAGAUUCAGACAAAAGGUUCAAGAGAUGGUGGACUUGAAUGAAUCCAAACUGGUGGCCUUGGUGAACAAAUUUAUUGGCUAUCUCAAACAGAACACGUACUGCUUUCCUCAUAGUUUGCGGUGGAUUGUAUCACAAAUGUAUAAGACACUUUCCUGUGUAGAUAGACUAGAUGUAGGGGAAGUGAGGGCAAUGUGUACUGAUCUCCUCUUGGCCUGCUUCAUUUGCCCUGCAAUUGUCAACCCAGAACAGUAUGGAAUAAUUUCUGAUGCUCCCAUAAAUGAGGUGGCAAGAUUUAAUUUGAUGCAGGUUGGUCGCCUUUUGCAGCAGCUGGCAAUGACUGGCUUGGAGGAGGGAGAUCCUCGAGCAAAGAGCAGCCUUGGUAAAUUUGACAAAGGUUGUGUUGCUGCAUUUCUUGAUGUUGUAAUUGGUGGCCGAGCUGUGGAGACUCCCCCAAUGUCUUCAGUUAACCUGUUAGAAGGGUUGAGUAGAACUGUGGUAUAUAUGACCUACAGCCAGCUCAUCACUCUGGUUAAUUUUAUGAAGAACGUUAUGUUAGGUGACCAACUAAGAGAAGAUCGAAUGGCUCUUGAAAACUUGUUGGCAAACCUACCCCAGGCCAAGCCAGGAAAAAGUAACAGUUUGGAAAUGACUUCGUAUAAUACUCCUCAGUUAUCUCCUGCAGCUACUCCAGCUAACAAAAAAAAUCGUUUGCCCUUGGGACAACAGUUAGCAGCCAUCACUGCAUGGGAUCCCUCAACCACCAAUCUCACAGCUCACAUUACUCUAGUAACCCCAUUUGCAACUCGGAGCAGAAGCCGUACCAAUAUGCUAAUUGACCAGCACCCAGACCAUGAUGGAUUAUCCCAAGAGACGAUUCAGGAAGUACAGCCAGAAGAAGUGUUGGUCAUUUCUUUGGGGACAGGUCCCCAGCUAACCCCAGGCAUGAUGUCAGAAAAUGAGGUCUUAAACAUGCAGCUUUCAGAUGGAGGACAAGGAGAUGUCCCUGUUGAUGAAACCAAACUCCACGGUAAACCUGAUAAAACCUUGCGCUUUUCCCUCUGCAGUGAUAAUCUGGAAGGAAUAUCUGAAGGGCCUUCAAAUCGUUCCAAUUCAGUUUCUUCUCUGGACCUGGAAGGAGAAUCUGUAUCAGAACUUGGAGCAGGGCCUUCUGGGAGUAAUGGAGUUGAAGCUCUGCAGCUUUUGGAACAUGAACAAGCUACAACACAAGAUAAUCUUGAUGAUAAACUACGGAAAUUUGAAAUCCGUGACAUGAUGGGGCUAACAGAUGAUCGAGAUAUUUCUGAAACAGUGAGUGAGACCUGGAGCACAGAUGUCUUGGGCAGUGAUUUUGAUCCCAACAUUGAUGAAGAUCGAUUACAGGAGAUUGCAGGUGCGGCAGCAGAGAACAUGUUAGGCAGUUUGCUGUGUCUGCCAGGUUCAGGGUCAGUGCUUCUUGACCCCUGCACUGGUUCUACCAUAUCAGAAACAACCAGCGAAGCUUGGAGUGUAGAGGUAUUACCAAGUGACUCAGAGGCCCCAGACCUCAAGCAGGAAGAGAGAUUACAAGAGCUAGAGAGCUGUUCUGGCCUGGGCAGCACAUCUGAUGAUACAGAUGUCCGGGAAGUCAGUUCCCGCCCCAGCACUCCAGGCCUCAGUGUUGUCUCAGGCAUCAGUGCAACUUCUGAGGAUAUUCCUAAUAAGAUUGAAGACCUUAGAUCUGAAUGUAGUUCUGAUUUUGGUGGCAAAGAUUCAGUCACUAGUCCAGAUAUGGAUGAAGUAAUUCAUGGAGCCCAUCAACUGACUUCUCCUCCCUCUCAGUCAGAGUCUUUGCUUGCAAUGUUUGACCCAUUGGCUUCACAUGAAGGGGCUUCUGCUGUAGUACGGCCAAAAGUUCACUAUGCUAGACCAUCACACCCACCACCAGAUCCUCCAAUCCUAGAAGGAGCAGUGGGAGGAAAUGAAGCCAGGCUACCAGGUUUUGGCUCUCAUGUGUUGAUUCCAACGGAUGCAGAGGCAUUCAAACAAAGACAUUCCUAUCCUGAGAGAUUAGUCCGCAGCAGGAGUUCUGAUAUUGUAUCUUCGGCCCGGAGACCCAUGAGUGAUCCUAGUUGGAACCGGCGUCCAGGAAAUGAAGAGAGAGACCUGCUUCCGUCAGCUGCUAUUGGAUCUCCUCUAGUAGCUGCACCUCCAUCAUCAUCCUCAUCGCCUAGCAAAGAUUCCUUGAGAGGAGAGCCUGAAGAACGAAAAGAUAGUGAUGAUGAGAAGUCAGACAGAAACAAACCUUGGUGGAGAAAACGUUUUGUUUCAGCUAUGCCUAAAGCUCCUAUACCAUUUAGAAAGAAAGAAAAACAAGAAAAAGACAAAGAUGAUCUGGGGCCUGACAGAUUCUCAACACUUACAGAUGAUCCUGCCCCCAGGCUCAGUGCACAGGCCCAGGUUGCUGAGGAUAUCUUGGACAAGUAUAGGAAUGCCAUUAAACGGACUAGUCCUGGUGAAGGAGCUGUGGGGAACUAUGAAGGUGCAGAAGUUAUGGGGGACGGUGAAAGUGUACAUGACUCUCCUCGUGAUGAAGCUCUUCAGAAUAUCUCUGCUGAUGAUCUCCCUGACUCGGCCAGCCAGGCAGCCCCUCCUCAGGACUCUCCUUUCUCCUACAGGGAUGCCAAAAAGAAACUGAGGCUUGCACUUUGCUCAGCAGAUUCUGUUGCCUUCCCAGUACUGACUCAUUCAACGAGAAAUGGUUUGCCAGACCAUACAGACCCAGAAGACAAUGAAAUUGUGUGCUUCCUAAAAGUUCAGAUAGCUGAAGCAAUUAAUUUACAAGACAAAAACUUAAUGGCUCAACUUCAAGAAACAAUUCGUUGUGUGGGACGCUUUGAUAAUAGAACGUGUCGGAAACUACUGGCUUCUAUUGCAGAGGACUACCGGAAAAGGGCCCCAUAUAUUGCUUACCUCACCCGUUGUCGCCAAGGGUUACAGACCACACAAGCCCAUCUAGAACGGCUGUUGCAGAGAGUUUUAAGAGACAAAGAAGUGGCCAACCGAUACUUUACCACAGUUUGCGUAAGAUUAUUGCUGGAGAGCAAAGAGAAGAAGAUUCGGGAAUUCAUUCAAGACUUUCAGAAGCUCACAGCAGCUGACGAUAAGACAGCUCAAGUGGAAGAUUUCUUGCAGUUUUUAUAUGGUGCCAUGGCUCAGGAUGUCAUUUGGCAGAAUGCUAGUGAGGAGCAGCUCCAGGAUGCUCAGAUGGCAAUUGAACGAAGUGUGAUGAACCGGAUUUUCAAGCUUGCCUUCUACCCUAACCAAGAUGGAGACAUUCUUCGUGAUCAGGUUCUUCAUGAGCAUAUCCAGAGAUUGUCUAAAGUGGUGACUGCAAAUCAUAAAGCACUUCAGAUACCUGAGGUCUAUCUUCGGGAAGCCCCGUGGCCAUCUGCACAAUCUGAAAUACGCACAAUAAGUGCUUACAAGACCCCCCGGGACAAAGUGCAGUGCAUCUUGAGGAUGUGCUCCACAAUUAUGAACCUGCUGAGUCUGGCGAAUGAGGAUUCAGUCCCUGGAGCAGAUGAUUUUGUUCCGGUUCUGGUGUUUGUUUUAAUAAAGGCAAACCCACCCUGUUUACUGUCUACUGUUCAGUACAUCAGUAGCUUUUAUGCUAGCUGUCUGUCUGGAGAAGAAUCGUAUUGGUGGAUGCAGUUCACAGCAGCAGUUGAAUUCAUUAAAACCAUUGAUGACCGGAAGUGACCUACUCAGAAGCCUGCUAGGGCAGGCAGACUGUUUAGGGGAACAGAAUCUCUCAAAUAAUAUCCACCAGCUGCUUAGCAGGCUGAAGAUUGUCCUUGUAGAUUGUACAGAGUUCAGGCAUUUUCAACCAGAUCUUUACUAAAGAGAUUAAUAAGUUAACUAGCAGGUUUUCUUUUCUUUGUUUUUUUCCCCCAUUCCCAUUUCUGGGUUUCAUAUUUUAUUCUCCCCAUUCUAAGUAGAGGCUAGAGCUGCAACAAGGGACCACGUUUUUCAGGUAUUUUGAAAUAUAAAAACCUCUUGGGAAAAUUCCUAGGUCAUCAUUCAUUGGAUAGACAUCUUCUUUUCUUAAAAAAAAAAAAAAAAAAAAAAAAAAAAGACCAGGCACCUCUUUUAAAGCUAUCUAGUCUAGUAUUGGUAAGAGAAUACCUGCUGAACCUGAAGGUUUAUAAUAGUUGAAACAUUAGUGGCAUUACCUCUAAAUCACUAAUACCUAAAUUGAGAAGCUGAGAAGGAAAUGUAAAUAGAAUAUAUAUUUAUAUUUGUUGUACCAUGGACAUCUUCAGACUCUUUCAUAAACAAGGAACUUCUGUGUCUUGACAAUAGGUUGUGCCAUAACCCUGUUGUGAUAUGGUUUCCUCAUAAGAACUUAAGCUGAGCUUAAAACAAAAAACCAUAAAUAUUUAUUAAAAUACAAUGCAGUUUAUUGAACUUUCCAAGAGUUUGAUGUGUGCAGUGCUACAGUUAAUGGCAAGUGUAAAUUUUUGGAUCUUUCCCCAUUGAGGUUUGUAAGCUGCACAUAAAAGAGAUGGACUGUGUCUAGAGAUAAGCACUGACUAUAGAAAGGAAUAGUAAAUAUCAGAUAUCUUAUUGUAAUAUUUUUCUUCUGAAAUAUUGUGUAUACUGUACAAACCCCAGACAGAGCUCCUUAUGAACCUUAAAUUGUAAUAUAUGUUUUGAUUGAUUAUUCACAUUGAAUGCACACGCCAGGGGAUUCAGUGAAUGGCGUUUUUUUUACUAAGUGUUCUUUGUAUUGUCUGCUCUAGUGGUGCAGGUUUUACUAGUCAUAAACUAUUUUAACAAAUCACACUGUUCUUAUAAAAAUAUAUAUAUAUAUUUUAUAUACUUAUAUAAAAUAUAUAUAUAUAUACACACACACAUAUAUUCAUAAAUAGGCACCAUGUCAGGGUAUUUGGGCAGAUUUCUGUUAUUUUCUCCUUUCAUCUAACAAAAUAUGAAUUUCUUUUCAUUUAGAUAACUAAACUGACAGUUUGUCCUUGGUGCCUGAGAAAUUGACCAAGCAGGCGCUUGAUAGCAUUAAGCACAUGUCUUGUAUAUAAAUGAUCAUUGGCUGGUUUUAUUUUGUACUUCUGUUAUUUCUCAAUAUAGAUAAUAAUUGGUUCUUUUACAUAAUGGAGAGCUGAGUCAGCUUCUUAAUGCUAGUAGUACCACUCCUCCCCCAAAGAAUUUUUAUUGCUGGCAGUUGGGUAAGGGUGUACUUAGCUUCUUGUGGGUAAGGAAAGACACAAACUCUUCUCUUUCUUUAGGACAUACUGUUUAGCAUAUGUAUAAAAUACUGAGGGAAAAUUAGAGUUUAUUUUACCUCUCACUCUUUUCCAUUCAUUUACUUGAAAAUAUCAAGUUAUCUAGAAGUAGUUGUAGGGUUAGGUGUUUGUUUUCAUGAGUGAACACUUUGAGCUAAUACUGCUGAACUUUCAUCCUUCAUUUAAGUUUUUUUUAAAAAAAAAAGCAAAAUACAAACUUGUGUACAGUAUACUGUUUCCUAGGCUGUGCCUAUCACAGUUGCCUUUGUUGUUGUAGGUCAAAGUCUGUUGCGUAUUCCAUUACCAAAAAAAAAAGCAAAAACAAAAAACAAACAAAAACAAACAAAAACCCAAGCAUUUGUAUAAGAUUUCUAAGAUUCAACUGGUCAACUUCUUUCCAUUGGUAUUUAACAAUUUGGAGUCUGUUGUAAUGUGGUUUGAUUUUGAUAAUUUAACAAGAGAUAUUUGUUUCCUUGUGCACUGACUACUCCCCCCGCCCCCCAGUGAUGUUAAAAUCUAUUCUGUGUCAUCAGUGUGAAAAUUAUAAGAUUCAGAAAUGAACUUACAUAGAGUUAUUGUUUUGGAGAUGGGGUGGAGGGUGGGGUAAGGGUUUCUAGAACCCUGACUGAGAGCAUAGCAUUAAAGUGCUGGUAGUAAUAGAAUUCGCCUUAUUUAGUGCUGCCUACCUGUAGUAAUGCAAAUACUUAAGCCCAGAGUAAGAAUACCAUAGAAGUUCCAUUUCUGUGGCUAUACAUUCUUUUUUCACUUGUGAUAGAGAUGAUGACUGUACUCUUAGGCCUGAUCUGAUAGUGGAGGCUUUGGGUUAAUUUACAUAGUAGAGCUGGUUCAAGAGACAGUUAGCAUGUUCAUUCUGAGAAACUUCAAAGACAGGAAUUAUUCUAGGAUCCACAAUGACCCAGUUAUGUUCUAUGUCAGGAUUUGUCAUUUUACUGAUAGUUAAGCAUGGGAGAGGGAGAGAGAGAGCGAGAGAGCGAGAGAG